AUGGAUUCUUUAUCAUUAUUAUAUGAAUUGGAGCAUGACUUGACAUCUCUAAUUUUGGAAUCUAAGAAAAAGAACAUAUGUGUAAAAGAAAAAACAGAAAUUUGUAUUAUACAAAUAAAGAAUUAUAAUAGCAUAUUGGAAUAUAAUGGGAAUCAAUUAUUAUGUGAUUUUGAAUUUCCAUUGAAUGAUAUAUUAGAAAUAAUUAAUAUAUGUAUGAACAUAAAUAACUAUAAAAUUAAUAAUAUUUGUUUAUCAGUUAUACAAAAAAUUGUUCUUUAUAUAUUAUGCUUAAUUGAUAAUAAAGAAUUAAUUAAUAAAUUUGAUGAAAUAAAUAUUGAAAAACAUAUAGAAAUAAUUACAAAUAAAUUAUUUGAUUUAACUUUUCUUGAUGAUAGAAAAAUAUUAAUUAAGAUAUUACAAAUCAUAUUAACAGCUUUUUCGUCAAAAUAUAUUGAAUAUUAUAACAAAGAUAAUAUAAAUACCAUUUUGAAAAUAUUAUAUUCUAUAUAUUAUUCCUCUCUUUAUGAUAAAAACCUUAUUCUAUAUCAAACCUGUUGUGCUGCUUAUGAACAACUACUUAACUCACUUAUUGAUGUAUGUAAUAAAGAAGGUCUUAUGUAUAUGGAGAACUCUAGCAAUGUAAAUCUGUCCGAAGGUACAGAAGAUAAUGUUAAGAAGAAGAAAAAAAAGAAGAAAAAAAAGAAAAAGAAAGAGAACAGAGAAAUUGGCAAGAUGAACCAAGAAGAUAAUAAUAGGAUUAAUAAAAGUGGAGAUAUGAUGAAUAGUAAUAUUAACAAUAACAUAAAUGAGGAAUAUAAUAAUGACAAUAAUAAUGACAAUAAUAAUGAUAAUAAUAAUAAUUAUUAUAAUAGACUUUAUGUGAAUAAAUAUACGAAUGAUCAAAACAGUGUACAGUAUUAUUUUGAAAAUUUCGUUUUACCAUAUAAUACGAAUGAUCAGAUAGAUUUAAUUUAUAUAAAUAACAUGGAAAAUAACAAACAUAUGAAAAAUAAAAAUAAACUGCUGUCAUUAAUUCAUUACUUAUGUUAUUGUUGUUUUGUUAAUAUUCGGUCGAAAUAUAAUACCGAAGGCGUUAAUAACAUGGAGGAUAGAAAAUCAAAGCAAGAGCGAGAUAAUAAUAAUGAUCACUAUAAGGAAGAAGAAAGUUGUGAAGAGUGGAAUAAAAUAAAUAACACAAAAAAUGAGGAUAUCAAUAAUGAGGAUAACAAUAAUGAGGAUAUCAAUAAUGAGGAUAACAAUAAUGAGGAUAUCAAUAAUGAGGAUAUCAAUAAUGAGGAUAUGAAGGAGGACAUAAAUAAGAAUAUAAAUUAUAAAAACAGUAAUAAUAAUAAUCAUAUAUGUAAUAAUAAUAUAGAUGAUGGAAAAGACAAUGUAAUAAAAAAUCGCUUAUCCGAUGUGUCAAAAUGUUCAUCGUUCUCAAAUACGAAAAAUGAAGAAUAUAAUAAAAACUUCCCAGGAAGUAAUAAUACCAGUUCAUUCUUAAUAGAAGAAAAGAUAAAUGUAGUUAAUAAAAAUGAAUAUAAUAAAGGAGAGAUUUCGAAACAUGAAGAUAUGAAUAAUAUGAAUAAUAUGUAUAAUGUAAAAAAUUCCAAUAUUAAAAAGUUUUUUAAAAUUUUGAAAAGUAGUAAUUCAAAAAAUUCAAGUAAUGAUAAUGUUAGUAAUAUAAAAUAUAAUGAAACAUUUCAUGCAGAUACUUUAGAAUUAAGAACAGAUAUCUUAUCAAGUUAUAAUAAGAAUAAUUUAAUUUUACCUUUUAAUUUUUGUUUAGAUUUAUUAUAUAUAUUUUUAAAUAAUUAUGAAUGUUUUUUAGACAAUUUUGAAUUUUUCAAAUUAUUAAAAUUUGAAGUUAUAUAUAUAAUUCUAAUAUCAUUAAAAUAUGAUUUAGAUAUUGAUGUUUUUUAUAGGUGUCUAAAAAUUCUUAAAAUUAUCUGCAAUAAAUAUUUUGUAUAUUUCUUAGCAGAAAUUCAAUAUCUUCUUGAAGUAUUACAGAAAUAUUUAUGUUUAGUAAAGCCAUUUUCAAAACUAUAUAUCGUAUUAAAUUUCUUUUUUUAUUUGUUUGAUAAUACAAGUACUUUCUUUUAUUUAUAUAAAUAUUUUUACUAUUACAGAAAUGCUAAUAAUAAGGAUGGCACUAAAUAUCAGCAGGAAACCAAAAAAUAUAUUCCUUCUUCUUAUGAUUAUAAAGAAAUGAAACAUGUUAAAAAACAAGUAUCAAAUGAAGAAAGUAACGAUACAAAAGAGAUGAUUAUAUAUCCUAUUAAUAUAAAGCAUAAAUUUUCAAAUAAUGUUUUCGAUACAAAUGAUAAGACUAAUAAUUGUAUGAACAAAAUGAGGGACCUAUGUAAUAACGAAGAAAAUAAAAAAUUAUUUAAUAAUGAAGAAAUAGAACAUAAAAAAAAUGAAGAUAAAAUUGAAAAUGAAGCAGAUAAUUUAAAUUAUAAAAUCCAAUUUAAUGAUAAUAGUGAUUUUAUUUUUACAAGAAUUGUUGAAUAUAUUAGUAAAAUAAUACAUGAGCUUUUAUUCUUACAUACUAUAGAUAUCACGAAAAUGUAUCCGUACCUUAAGGUAAUAAAAUACGAUAGAAUAUAUACAACUGAAACAAGGUUUGAUGAUAUAAUAAAUGAACUGAAGGAGAAAAAAAAAAAUAAUAACAAUAGUAAUAAUAAUAAUAAUAAUAAUAAUAAUAAUAAUAAUAUUAUGAACGAAAAACAUAAAAAGAUAAUAAUGCAAGAUAAAAUUCCAACUCCCAUGUGGAGAAAAGAAGAAAAGAAAAAUCAUAAAGAAAUAGAUGAAAAAAAUAAAAAAAUAUAUUUACAUAAUAAGAAUUCUUUUAAAGAUGAAAGACAAUUAUCCUUUUGUAAUUUUUUAAGUUACCCUAUUAUAUUACCAAAUGCAAUUGUAAAUCCAAGAGAAGAUUUUUAUUUAAGUAAAUUUUCUACAGAAAAAUUAAUGUGUAAAAUUUUAUUCGAUGAUUUAUUAUAUAAAGAUGUGGAUGAAAUACGAUUACUAGCAUCUUCUGUUGAUAGUAUAUUAUCUUUGGUUAAUUCCUUUUAUAUAAUAUUUUUAAACAUAUUAAAAAAAGAUAACAAUCCAUAUUGUUUUUCAACAGUAGAUAUGAAUGAUGAAAGAAUAAAACAUCAUCUGGAAAUUUUUCAUGUGGAUAGUACUAAUGUAAUGCAUAAUAAUAUUGAAAAGAAGAGUGGUAAUAAUAUUAAUGUUUAUCAAAACCACGUUUAUAAGAAUGACAAUAAUAAUAAUACUAAAUGUAGUAUAUACAAUUUAGGGAAUAAAAAAAGUCGUGAUAAAUACACAGAUAAUAUGAAAGAUUUAUAUGAAAUGGAUGAAAAAAAAGAGACGUCUUAUUUUUAUUAUUUAAUACAACAAAGAAUACAAUAUUAUAAUCAUAAUGAUUCUGCUAAAAAUGGUUUUGCAAACAAUUCAAAGAUAGAGAAUCAAAGGAAGGAUAUAUAUCAAGAUAAUAAUAAUAAUAAUAAUAAUAAUAAUAAUAAUAAUAAUAACAAUAACAAUAACAAUAAUGAUAAUACAAGUGCUACAAAAAAAAAUGAUGAAUUUAAUAUAAACAUAGAAGAAGAAUUCGAAAACUCUAAUAAUAUAUUAUAUAACCAAGUAAAUAUUGAUUUUAAUGAAGAUAAGUCACUUUUUUCUUAUGUAUUUAAUUCAACAUGUAGAUAUAUCAUAUCAUGUAUUUGUUUAAUAUUUUCUUAUACUAAUACAUUAGAUGUUUGUUUUUUUAAUGGUUUCCAAAAAUUAAUAUUCAUUAGUUCUAAUCUAAAUGUAAAUAUAUGUACUGAUGCCUGUUUAAAAACAUUAACUAAAUGUAGUAGUAUAUUUACUUUAGAAAAUUCUCCUUUUUUUCUAAAUAUUCUAAAAAAUUUUGAGAAACAAGAAAACAAAAAUGAAAAUAAUAUUAAAGCAAAGAAAAACAAAUCAGGAAGUAAAACUGGUGCUUAUAAAAUAACUAGUGUUCAAAUGAAUAAUACAAAUAAGAAUAUAUCACCUAUAAAAAGGGAAUUAUAUGUAGAUGAUGUUUAUGAAAAUAUGGAGAAGAGUAUUCUUCCAUGCAGUAAUAUAUCUAUCAAAAAUAUAAAUAAUGUGAAUAAUGUAGAUAAUGUAAAUAAUGUGAAUAAUGUGAAUAAUGUGAAUAAUAUAAAUAAUGUGAAUAAUAUAAAUAAUGUGAAUAAUAUAAAUUUUGAAACAUCUGAAGAUAUGAGUAAUACUAAAAAUUCUAGAGAUAAUAACUUUAAUGACAAAGAAGAACUGAUGAAAUGUGUUAAUACAAUAGUUCUUAAUAAGAAAAAGAAAAAAAGAAUAUCCUCGAAAAAUAAUGAAGAUAAGGAUUUAUCAUAUGAUAUUAUUGAAGAACAAGAAUUUAAUACCUUUAAUACGAAAGAUUUGAAUAUAAGUGAAAGUAAAUUAAAUGAUACAGAUAUAAAAAACCAUAAUAUUAAUAAAAUGAAUACUGUGAAAGAUGUUAAUCUUUCUAAAUAUAAUAUAAAUCAUAGUAUUCAAUUUUGUGAUUCUUUAGAAAAAGAAAACGUGGUUAAUAAUAACGAAUCAAAUGAAGAAGAACUAAAUUAUUAUGACAUAAACAAUAUGACAAAUGAUAAUAUGAAUUAUUUAAAAGAGAAUUUUUCUAAACGAUUAAGUAUUGAAAGUGUCGAAGCGAAUUUCCUUACUUAUAAAAGAAUUUUAAAUGAUGAUUUAUUAAAAUAUUUUGAUGAUAUAAUUAGUAUAAUAUUACAAGAAUCUUAUUAUAUAAAUAAUGAUUUAAAUAAUAUAAAAUAUAUUUUAUCAAUAAAAGCUGUUAUUAGUAUUUAUUAUAUAUAUGGUGAUUAUUUACAUUUUGAUGAUUGGUUAAAAUUAAUAAAUUUAUUUGUUGAAAUUAAUUAUAUAUAUAAAUAUAUAUCCUCUAUAGAAAAUAAAACAAUUCAAUUUUUAAAUUUCUUUCAUCAUAUAAAUAAAAAUGAAGAAGAUAUAUUUUUUUUUCCUAUUGAUAAAUAUGAUUCAGCUGAUGUUGAUCGAAAUAAUUAUUCACAAAAUGUUGAUUCUAAAAGUAUAGAAUUUUGUUAUUUUAUAUUGAGAUUUAUUCAAAAGAACCCAGUUUUAUGUGCAGAAAUAACUAUCAUUUUUUCCUCCUUUGAUUAUUUUUUUAAAAAUACAAUUUUUUAUAAAAUUUCAACAUUAAUUAAUAUAAUUAAUUCUAUACACUAUAUGAUAUUUAAUCAAUUCUUUAAACAGAAAAAAUUAAGUUCUAAGGAAUCGAAUAUAUUAUUAAAUGAAGAAGAAUUUAUUUGUAUUGAUACAAAAAAUAAUUCUGCUUUAAAUUAUGAAAGUACUUUUGUAAAUAAUGACCAUAAUGAAGGUAUUCUAGAGAAUAAUUAUUUUAUAAAUGAUGAUUAUAAUAAUAAUGAGAAGAAAAAAAAAAAAGUAUUAGUUGAUUCUUUUAAUAAUGAUGAAAAUAUGGGAUAUGAAAUAAAUGAGAAAAAAAAUGUAAUUAAUAAAUAUUUUAAUUUUUUAUACAAAAGUCAAGAUAUAUUUGAAAUAUUUUAUUUUUAUUUAUCCCAUUUUGAACCCAUAUAUAUGUCUUAUUUCCAAUAUUAUAGUGAUCUAUUUUUUAUAGAAAAGAAGAAGAAACAUAAAAAUAAUAGUACUUAUGGGAAUAAUAAAUGUAAUAGUAAUGAUCAUAUGAAUGUUAAUGAAGCUUUUGAUACAUGUGAGAAUGAAAGAAAUAAUAUGAAUGAUUCAUUUACUUAUUUAAAGAAAGAUAAAUAUAUUGUACUUAAGAAAUUAGAAAAGUCUUGUAUUUUUGAAGAUUUUUAUCCUUUAUAUAUGUUAGAAAUGUUGUGUGUUAUAAACAUAAAUAAGAUAAGAUAUAUUUAUAACAAUUGUUGUAUUGAUAUAUUAUUAUUAUCUUUAUGUAAAAAUAAUGAUAUUCAAAAGAAAAGUAUAGAUACAUUAUAUAACAUAAUAAAAGAGUCUGUUGUAUAUUAUAAAUCUAAUUUUGAAAUGCAAUUUCUUUUGUUUAAACCGUUUUUCUUUUUUAUUGUAAAUCCUUAUAUAUCUUAUCGUUCAUAUUUUAUAUCAUCCUUUUUAAAUUUCAUUAGGAAAAAUGGAUCGUUUUUUGAUAAAGACAUGUGGUUGUUUGUUAUUUAUCUUUUAUAUGUAUCUUUACAAAAAGAAUUAAAAAAAAAAGUUUUAAAAGGAAAAAGGGACAUUUCGAAAGAGGAAAUACAUGAUGAAAUAAAAAUAAAAGAUGAUGAUGCAGUUAAGACGGAUAAUAUUAGAGAGAAUAAAAAUUACAAAGAUAAAUCCAAAAUGAAUGAAAAAAAAAAUGAAAUUGAUGAAGAAAAUAUAUCUAUUAUUAAUAAUAUUUUUAAUAUUUUAGAAAUUAUUAUUGUGGAUUAUAUUGAAGAUGUGCCAGUAUGUGAAAUAAUGGAAAUAAUAAUUCACAUGCUCAUGUUAUUUUCUUCUUUAAAUAUUUUGAGUAAUAAUAUAUCCUUUCGAGCUAUUAAUUUUUCAUGGACUAUUGUAGAUUAUAUUAUAGAUCGUUCGAAUUUAAUUAAUAAAAAUAUAAAGAAUGAUAAUAAAAAACAAACAAAAAUAAACGGAAAUAAUGAAAACAUGGUUAUAGAAAAGAAAUUAUUACACAUAUGUGUUAUAGAAAAUAGAAAAAUGUAUAUAUAUGAAAAUAAUAUAAAAAUGAAAAAUAUAAAAAUGAAAAAUAUCUUCAUAUUCAUUUUAUAUAAUUUAAUGAAAUUAUGUUUGGAUGAAAGAAUAGAAGUACGAAAUUGUAGUAUCAAAACAAUUAUGAGCAUAUUAUCUGCGCAUAUUUAUAAAUUUGAUUUUUUCUUUUAUAAAACUUCUAUCUGUUUAUUACUUAAAAGGUUAACACUUACUUAUUUUUAUAAGUUACAGGAAUAUUUUAAAUUGGAAAAAAAACAAGAUAUACAAAAUAACAAUUCAAGUAAUAUACCUCAUGAGGACUUAACAGUAUUUUGUGAAAAGAACGACAAAAAUAAUAGGGGGAUAAUACCGUCUCAUAUAUUGGAUAGUAAAAAAGAUAUAAUAUUAAAUGAAUCUUUAGAAAAAGAUUAUGUUGAUCAUGAUAGUAAUAAUAAUAAUAAUAUUAAUAGUAAAAAUUAUAAUUCACUUGAUGAAAAUAUUUCAAAAAAAUUAAAUGAAAAAAAUGAGGAUGAUAAUAUAACAUUGGUUGAUUCAAAUAGUAUGAAAAAAUACAUUAGUAGUAAUAUUAAGAACCAAUUCAAAAAUAGCUUUUUAAAUAUAUGUGAUAGAGAAAAUAUGUAUGAAGUCGUGAAAAAAAAAAAGAAAAGAAAAGAAAAGGAAAUAAUAAAAGAAAUAAAAAAAGAAAAAAAAGAACUUUUAGAAGAUAUUGAUAUGAAUAUAAAUAUAAAUAUACAUAAUAAUAUAGAAAAUAAUAAUUUAUUAGAGGAUGAAAAUAAAAAUUGUGAUUUAUAUGAUUAUGUAAAUGAAAAUUUUAGUACAAUUAUUAUUCAUCAUUCAAGAGAUAGCAAAUUGAAACAAUGGAUUGAAAGUUUUAUUUUAAUUAUUGAAGGUUGUAAUCGAAUAUUAUUAGAUCAAGAUAAUUAUAAGAAGUUUGAUUAUUUUUAUGAUAUAUUUAUAAAAAUAUUGAAAACUAUAUUAUUUAUUGAAUAUAAUAAUAAAAAUAUGUUUGAAUUACAUAUUUCUAUUAUACAAAUAUUAAAUAAUAUAUACAUGUCUAAAUUAAAUUAUUAUGGAUCUUCUUAUUUUAAAAUAAAGAAUUAUAUAACACAUAAGAAAUGUAAUAAAUAUUAUGUAAAUAUCUUUGAUAAAAGCUUUUUUUAUAUAUAUAAAUAUGCACCCUCAAUUAUUGAUCAGAAAAUAAAAGAUUUUAUAUUAAAAAUUAUUUUAGAGAAUCUGAAAAAUAUAACAAGUGAAAAAUGGAUAUUUCAUCAUUCUAUUAUUUAUUUUCAUAUGUUCCAUUUUUUAUUUCAAUAUACAGAUGUAAAUAUAGAAAAGGAAUAUCAUCAAAACAAAAAAGAGAAACAUGAAAAAAAUUAUUCCUUUUUAAAUUACUAUUCAAUAAUUAAUAAAUUAUAUUUUGAUUAUUUUAUAAGUACAUCUCAUUAUAUGAAUGAGAAAUUGGUACAAGGAGAAAUGACAAAUAUGGAUAAUCAAAAAAAUGACAAAAAAAAAAAAGUAGAUAAUAAAAAUAAAGAACAUAAUAAUAAUAAUAAUAAUAAUAAUAACUACAAUUAUGAUAAUCAUUCUAAUUGUGACCUUUUUUUAAACGAAGAUUUAAAAUUGGAUAAAGACACAUCAUGUAUAACUCAUCAUAAUAUGGAAAUAAAAAAAAAUGUUACUCUUACUGAUUCUACAGAUGAAUAUGAAAAUCCUUUAUUUUCAAAAAAUUCCUUUACGUUUGAUUAUAAAACAGAAGAAUCCAGUAAGGAUCCAUUAAAUAUUUAUAACAUUCUAGAAAACAACAAAGAUGUUUAUAAUAUAAAGUAUAAUAUAAUAUCUGAAAAUUUUAUAAAAAAAAAUAUAUAUGAAAUAUAUUUGAAUAAUAAUAAUAAUAUAAUAACUUCAGAUCUUUUCAAAAUAUCUAUGUAUAUUUUUGAAACCUUAGAAUAUGAUGAUAUAAAUCUGCUAAUAAAUGAGGAACUUUUAAAUAGCUUAAAAUUAUUGAAAUAUCAUUUUUCUUAUGAUGAACAAAAGAUGGGUAUAUAUAAAGAAUUAAUAAAUUUCUUUUUUAACGAUAAUAUACUGUUAAAUGAAAAUAAUGAUGAAAUCAUAGAUAAAAUAGAAUUGAACGAUACAUAUAACAAGCAAGAACUUGAUAUAAAUGAUUAUCACGAUAAAAAACAAGAAUAUAAAGAAUGUAAUAGAUUAUUUACAUUAAAUUAUAAAAAAUUAUAUCCUUUAAAUAAUUAUAUAGAAGGUUUUCAAAUAUUUCAGAUAGCUUUUUUUAACCAUUUUAUUCCAUGUUAUAUAUUUUUUAUUCAUAAUAAAUUUAAUUUAUAUCCAAAUUAUCAACUUAAUAUAAUAUAUUCUAUAGUUUUAUGUAAUAUGAUAAAACAAGAAUAUUAUACAGUAUAUUAUCAUGAUGAACAUCUUCUUGUGUCAUUCCUAAAUAUGUUCCCAUAUAUACUAGCUACUCAUUUGAAAUGUUUUCUUUAUAACCUUAAAAAUAAUUCAUGUUUUGUAUUCUACGAAAGUAUAAUUAUCUUAUUAAAAAUUACGUAUCAAAUGGUUUUGAAUUCGAAAAACAUCAUUAAAAAGAAUUUAUACAAAUAUUGGUAUUCAGUCAUAUUUGCAGUUGAAAAGAUCCUUUUUGUGAACUGCUGCAAUGAUAAAAUCGAUAUGUUAGAUAUAAUGCUCAUAAAAUUUAUUAGGAAUAACUAUUUAUCAGAAAAUUCAGUGACCCCGUGGUUUAUAAAAAUAUACUUGACGAAAAUUAUAAGUGAACUUUAUGAUACAAAAAGAAGAGCCUUUUCAAGCUGGACACUUCAAAUUUUAUUUGAGGAGUAUGAAAAAAUGUCAAAAAAUAAUAAUAGUUAUCCUUACUAUACAACUUUUAUUACAAUACUUCUGUUGAAAAAAUGUGUAUUAACCCUGAAGAGUUUUUCUAGUGAGAAUAACAAGGAAAACAGUAGCGAUGAAAUUGUUUUUAUAUUAUACGAAAUGAAGAAAUUGAAAUGUUAUUAUUCCUUUAUUAAUAUGGAUAGUUCUGCUAUAUUAAAAUCAUCAGAUGAAAAAGCCCACCUUUUUAUAUGUUAUCCAUAUCUAUUAGAUUGCUUAAAUACAGAAAAUAAAAAUGUUUUCACGACAGUUAAAGAACUAUUGAAACUUAUAUCCUAUCCAUUACGGCUUCAAUAA